AUGACAUCUCUCGAGUUGCAAGCAUCCUCCUCGCGACCCGUAGAGCAGCCGGUCGAGGAGUCUCCCAACUCCAAGGCCGACAUCAACCUCGUGGAAAGCGCAGGAGCCGGCCACGCGGCCUCCUACGAGGAGUCUGUGGCCGCCCGUCUCCCCAAGGCCCAUCGAGACUACCUCCUUCAGCGACAUGGUACAUUGGAAUUGGAUCCCAUCCCCAGUAUGGGUCCGGCCGACCCUUACAACUGGCCUGAGUGGAAGAAAAUGAUCAACCUGAUCUUGGUAGCGUUCCAUGCCUGCAUGGGCACUUUUACCGCGGCCGCCAUCAUCCCGGCCUAUUCCACCAUCGCAGAAGACCUGGGUAUCAGCCUGCAGGAGGCCAGUUACUUGACUUCGCUCCAAAUCGCCAUCCUAGGUGGUGCCCCCCUAUUCUGGAAGCCCCUGUCCAACCGCUUCGGGCGUCGGCCUAUCUUCCUGCUGUCACUCAUCUGCAGUCUGGUGUGUAAUAUUGGCUGUGCGAAAAGUACCACGUAUGCGUCGGUCGCCGCUUGCCGGGCCCUGGUGGCUUUCUUCAUCUCACCCGCCUCAGCCAUCGGCAGUGCCGUCGUGAUGGAAACGACCUUCAAGAAGGAUCGUGCCCGCUACAUGGGUGUCUGGACCCUGAUGAUCACUCUGGGCGUCCCGAUCGGUCCGUUCAUCUUCGGCUUCGUCACCUACCGUGUUGGAUAUCACUGGAUCUACUGGAUCCUGGCCAUGAUCAAUGGUGGUCAGUUCAUCUUGUAUCUCUUCUUUGGCCCGGAAACCCGAUACCUAGGCGGCGGCGUCGAUCGUCCGGACCCCAACUGGAAGACCGAGUACCUGUCCAUCCGCCGGAUUGAUCCGACCCCGCUGACCUGGUACGAGUUUAUCCGUCCCUUCACCAUGGCCCGCCACCCCUCGAUCCUCAUCCCUGCGUGUGCGUAUGCCAUGGUCUUCCUGUUCGGUAGCAUCCUGGCUACCGUCGAGGUACCGCAACUACUGCAGGAGAAGUUUGGUCUUAACGCCGAGCAGCUGGGCCUGCAGUUCCUCGGUGUUAUCAUCGGCUCGCUGAUCGGUGAGCAGAUGGGCGGCGCCUUGUCUGACUUCUGGAUGAACCGUCGCGCCCGCCGGCUGAAUCGCAAGCCUGAGCCCGAGUUCCGCCUGUGGCUGAGCUACUUCGGCUUCGGCUUGACCAUCAUCGGUAUGAUCGUGUUCCUGGUCUGCACUCAGGAGUCCAAGUCCGGCCACUGGAACGUGUCUCCCAUCAUCGGCACGGCUAUUGGCGCCGUCGGUAACCAGCUCGUCACAACCGUCAUGAUCACCUACGCCGUAGACUGCUUCCCCCAAGAGGCCGCCAGCAUUGGUGUGUUCAUCACCUUUGUGCGCCAGAUUUGGGGUUUCCUUGGUCCAUUCUGGUUUUCUCCAAUGUUCGAGACUGUCGGUAUCGCACCUUCCGCCGGAAUUGGCUCGGCGCUGGUCGUCGCGGUCAGUGUCAUUCCGACCAUCGCUCUGCACUGGCGUGGACAGGUCUGGCGCCGUAAGGAUGAGGAGUAA